UGGAGACACGGCUCUGGGAAAGAGACAUCCACACGCUCAGCGCUACGUCAGCAUGCUGGUAGAGAUGUUAAAAACAGAGUAAAAGCCAGAGGUGAUGCUGACAUUCACAAAAAGAAACAAAGAAGCCAAGGCAUCGCUUCCAGAAGAAGAGGGACGGCUGACAUAUUCCUGGAAGCAAGUCAUCAGCGCUCUCCCCUUUCUGACCUUACAGGGAACAACACAGAGCUGCAGCAGAGAAGUGAGCCAAGCAGCCACGCUGCUGGGGUGAAGCACACUGUACAGAAACACGAGCGUGACAAAGGAGCUGUUCCCACAGGAGAACGCAAGCCUUCUCCAGCACACGCCAUAAAAAAAGGGAGGAGAUCUGCACGCACAGAGGCAGGCAGACACUUGAACCAGGCUGCAGACAGACAAAUGAAAGGCAGCCAAACAAGUGCAAAGCAAAACCAACAUCACAGGACUUUGGGACGACACAAAAGCCCAAAGCCUCCUGGGAAAGCUGUCAGUGUGGGGAAGGAGGAAAAAGCCUCAAGUGAUCUGACAAAGGACCAUCAUUUUUCCAAAGAUGCUCCUGAAGUCAAGGAGCAUCCUGUGUCACCGGACGGCAGAAAGGCGCCGUCCCAACUCGAAGCCACCUCUCGUAAGGAUGAUGACAGGAACUGGUGUCAGAGCUUUGGAGAGCACGACUUUUCAGACGAUGACCAAAGAAGGGUCAGGGUAGGCGGAGACCUGCAGCAUCUUCCCUGGCUCAGCAGGGAUGACAUAGAGAAGAUGCAGCUCCUGACUGGUGGGGAAGUUGUCAGUAAGACCAGGGUGCCUGCACAUGGACAGGUCCUCCAGGUGGCAUUAGAUCCUCCUUCACACCACCAGAACAUCCCACAGCUGAAGGAUUCACAGCAGCAUGGAGCCGGACAUAACACUACUCACAGCGAGCGCUGCCAGCGUGGGCUCUGCUCCUUGAUCAAACGCCCUGAAGACUGGUUUGAAGUGUUUGCGUUCCACCUGGACAGAGUCCUCGGACUCAACAGAAGCCUGCCAGCGGUUCUCAGAACGUUCCACAAUAACAUUCUGCCCUAUAGAUACAUUGACGGCAACCCGAGACCUGUGGUUUGGUGGGAUCCUGACAUUCAGCAUCUUGAUGACAGAGACAGUGACCAGAACUCCGUGCCUCUAGGCUGGGUCCAGUACCAGAAGCUGUUACGGGCCAGAUGUGGGAACCAAACAGGCCUGAGUACAGAGCCGUGUGUGGGAGUUCUGCACGCAGAGUGGGGGCGACUGGCUCUGUUUGACUUCUUAUUACAAGAAGCCAUUGGAGAGAAGACUAAACAGGUGAACGACCGUCUGGACAGGAACUGCUGUGGGUUUACACCUGAUCCAACAGAACUCUGUGUGGAGAACCAGCUGCACAGCAAAUGUGGCAACAGCAAGGACCUGCAACUGGUUCAUAUUCUGGUGAGGAAGACCAAUCCUUCCAGACUUGUGUUCAUAGAUAACUCGGGCAGACCACAGCAAUCCAGUGACAACCUCAACUUCAGGCUGCUUGAAGGCAUCGAUGAGUUUCCAGAGAAAGCUAUCUCAGUGCUCCAGUCUGGCUGUCUGGAACAUCUUCUCCUGCGCUCCCUCUACACAGACAAAGAAUUCUGGGAUAGCUAUGGAGGACACACCGGUCUCAGGCCUCUUGUCCACUUGGUGGAGAAAAGGGGGCACUAUCUCCUCCAGCACAUUAGGGACAAGCGGCUGCUCCUCAGGAGGGACCUGUGACUCAGCUGGACUGACUAAACGGAAAUGGGAAAAUGAAGCCAUGGCAGGAUGAUUUGAUGGCAUAUCCUCAGUGUGACCUAAGGUUGAUCACUGGGGAAAAAUAUUGACUCUGAAAGCCCAGAGGUCUGGGAAACUGACUCGAGGCGGGUCCUUCAAUAGAACAUUGCAUUCAGCUCACAGAUGUCACAGUUUUUGCAUUUAUUUAUUUAUUUAUUUGAAGACUGGAGGGAGUCAGUGGCUGGCUUUGGAUGUCUGUUUCUAUGAGAUAAGCUUUUAAUCGAAGGAUUACAAAUAACGGUCAGAAAAUAGCUUCUGCGCCAGAUCCUGGCAGCCUUUCCAAGAAGACGGGCCAAAUGUGAACGUAUUUUUUGCCUCUUAUUUUUUCAAAGUGCCUGUCCCCACAUGGUGUUAAGAUGCACAGCAGUGCACAAAGCAAAAGAUGAAAAAAAAAUUCUAAGUGAACAUGGCUGAAAUUCAUGUGUCGCUGGAGAAGGAGAGAUGUGGUGCUAUUUUGUGUGUGAGUGACACGCUUCCAAAGGUGAGCUGUCACACCGCUUUGUUGUUAUAAAAAUAAAUUCAAAACAAACAUUUUAAGUGCA